AUGGAGGUGGCCCCGAGGGGCAGCCAAGAAUCUGAUGGGAUGCUUGGGUGGACACAGGGCACAUGGAGACACCGGAAGCGGAAGGGGAAUUUCCUGGAGCGGCUGAUGGUGCGGACAGGACAGGAGCUGCCACUGCAGGAGCUGGAGGAGCAGUAUGCCGUGCUGGAGGAGCUGGGCAGCGGGACCUAUGGCCGCGUGGUGCUCACAGAGCCCCGGGAUGGUGGCUCACCAGUGGUCCUCUCUUUGUGCCUCUCCAGCCACAGCACUUGCAUCCGUGCCCUGCCCAUCGCCUUUGAGAGUGCCACACACUUUAUCUUUGGUCAGGAACUUGCUCCUGCUGGGGACCUGUGUGCCCUCCUCAACCCAGGGGAGGGCCUUCCGGAGGUGCUGGUGAAGCGCUGCGCAUCCCAGGUGGCCGAGGCGCUGGAUUUCAUGCAUAGCCGGGCCCUGGUGCACCGGGACGUGAAGCUGGACAACGUGCUGCUCUUCGAUAGUGAGUGCCGGCGGGUGAAGCUGGGUGACUUUGGCCUCACACGCCUGCAGGGCUCAGCGGUCUGCGCCAUGUCCAUCAUGCUUCCCUACGCUGCACCGGAGCUCUGCCUGCUCCAGGGCUCCGACACACUGGAACUGGACUCCAGCCUGGAUGUGUGGGCUUUUGCCGUGCUGCUCUUCUGCCUCUGUACGGGCUGCUUCCCCUGGGCUGUGGCUGUCAGCUCCGAUCCCCAAUUCGAGGACUUCAGCACCUGGCAGGGCAGUGCAGUGGAGUGGGGGGUGCCAGAAUCCUGGCAGACCUUCAGCUCUGGGGCACAGGAGAUGUUCCGGCGCCUGCUCACGCUGGACCCUGACCGCCGGAGCCCAGCCAUUGAGGUGCAGAAAUACUUGUCCCUGCCAUGGGUGAUGGCCCAGAACCAGG